AUAUAGAAGUCCCUCACACAAAUUCGUGUCUGGUGCGCGUCCCUUCCCUCUCGACACGCCCACACACCAUUUCUUUUGUCUUCUUUACGUGUACCCUUUCAAUUUCUCUCCUAAAUAUCUCUGCUUUUAAUGGAUCUUCACAAUCCCUAACAACAAACCACGCCCCCAAGAUCCUCUGUGUUUCUUCCCUAUGGCGACGUCCCUCGAGCACACCCAGAAUCACGAUCCGAGUCAAAACGUUCUCAUUGUGGGUAAUUACUGCCACGAUGUUCUCCUCCGGAACGGCGACGUGGUGGCCGAGACUCUGGGGGGCGCCGCCUCUUUCAUUUCCAACGUGUUUAACGGCCUAACCGUUUCUUAUCAUUUGACAUCGAAGGUUGGCCUAGAUUUUAAAUACCCAGUUAGUUAUGACCCGAUUGUGGUGUCAUCGGCGAGGACGACUGUUUUCCAUGCGCAUUUUGAUCUGGGUUUCGACGGAAAUGGGCAUCAAGAUCGGGUCUUGAAACGGGUUGUCGCAUGCGACCCGAUUUGUCCGGGGGAUCUGCCUGACAUGAGGUUCGAUUUUGGGAUGGCGGUUGGGGUUGGUGGUGAGAUACUUCCCGAGACGCUUGAGAGAAUGCUUGAGAUUUGUGAUGUGGUGUUUGCUGAUAUUCAGGCUCUGAUUCGGAUUUUUGAUGGUAAUGAUGGGACUGUGAAGCAUGUGGGGUUAAAGGAGAGUGGAUUUUACCAUCUCCUACCGAGAAUUGGGUUUUUGAAGGCUUCAGAGGAGGAGGCCUUGUUUUUGGAUGUUGAAGAGGUGAGGAAGUGGUGCUGUGUGGUGGUAACACAUGGUAAAGAUGGCUGUAAGUUGUAUUGGAAGGAUGGUGAGAUGAAAAUUACACCAUUUUCUGCCAAUCAGAUUGAUCCAACAGGUGCUGGGGAUAGCUUUUUAGGUGGUUUUGUUGCUGGGUUGGUUCAGAGAUUGGCUACGCCGGACGCUGCUUUGUUGGGGAACUUCUUUGGUUCUCUUACUGUUGCACAAAUCGGUCUGCCCAAGCUAGAGUUGAGACUGUUGCAGAAAGUCAAGGAUGAGGUGCAGAGGAGGAAGAUGCAGUACAUCAGCUGCUCUGAUAGAGUCGAUGAGCUGAAGUUCAUGAAACCAUUGGGACACGAGGAAUUCCAUGCUUCCCUAACUGCAGUUAAAUCAAUGUCUACACAUUCAAUUGAAGAGUGUCAACAAGAUCUUCCAGUUUCUCCCAAGCCAGUGGAGCAGAUAAAAAGCGUUCAUUACGCCAUGCAGCCUAAAUUGUUAUUGAAUAAUCCUGUCCACGAGACCAAUUCCAACGGUCCAGGGUAAACCUUAAGAUCGGUCAGAACAUUUCUCUGUUUUCUGCAGGAGAUAAGUUUUUAGAUUAGUUAUAUAUAAUUUUUUAUACAAUUUAUAUUUUAUGAAAAUAAUAGAUGAAUUUAUUUUAUUCAUAUAAAUCAUACAUUUCAAA